AUGGCCAGUGAAGCAGGAGUGAGCCCCGACAAGUUUCAAGUGACGAGCAUAGGCUUUGAGACAGUCGUGGGCAUUUCUCUCAGUGAUGCAGUGACGCUGGAAGAGGUGACGAGUGCACUAUCAGCUAUCACUGGUGUGAAUGCAAGCCAGAUUUCCGUGCCUGCUCUGCAGACGGGCCAAUCGGGCGCGAGGCGUUUGCAGGCCAGUGCUUUGGAAUGCGUCAUCAAAGCAGCGAGCGCCGAUGAUGCAGCAUUGAUGUCCGAAGUCCUGGCAGAAGCCUCAUCUGUCGAGCAAGCUUUCCUGAGCCAAGGGCUGAACUUGACUGCGUCAAUCACCGACCCUCCGCGGAUUGCGGUGAAGAUUUCGCAGCAAGUGACGGCUGAACAAGGCACGGUUACAGUACCAUCGAGCGAGAGCUCAAGCAGUCUUCUGCGGGACGUUUUCCAGACAGAAAUCGAGAUGAAUAUCUUGGACUUGACGUUCAUGGCCUCCAGUUCCAGCACUAGCUUCACAAGCUCUCUCACCACAUCCAGCUCAACUGUCACAUCAGAACUCGAAUCCAGUGUCACUUCAACAAGUAGCGUGACUUCCAGCGUCGGUAUGACCACCAUCACCACGAGAUCGGCAACCUCAACCGUCACCCUUGACGCAGGCAGUGAAAGCAUGUAUGCCUUCGAUGUGGAACUUUGGAUAGCAGAUGCCUCGGCCUUCAACAGCACCGCGUAUGUCAUCGCCAUGGCCAGUGAAGCAGGAGUGAGCCCCGACAAGUUUCAAGUGACGAGCAUAGGCUUUGAGACCGUCGUGGGCAUUUCUCUCAGUGAUGCAGUGACGCUGGAAGAGGUGACGAGUGCACUAUCAGCUAUCACUGGUGUGAAUGCAAGCCAGAUUUCCGUGCCUGCUCUGCAGACAGGCCAAUCGGGCGCGAGGCGUUUGCAGGCCAGUGCUUUGGAAUGCGUCAUCAAAGCAGCGAGCGCCGAUGAUGCAGCAUUGAUGUCCGAAGUCCUUUCAGAAGCCUCAUCUGUUGAGCAAGCUUUCCUGAGCCAAGGGCUGAACUUGACUGCGUCAAUCACCGACCCUCCGCGGAUUGCGGUGAAGAUUUCGCAGCAAGUGACGGCUGAACAAGGCACGGUUACAGUACCAUCGAGCGAGAGCUCAAGCAGUCUUCUGCGGGACGUUUUCCAGACAGAAAUCGAGAUGAAUAUCUUGGACGUGACGUUCAUGGCCUCCAGUUCCAGCACUAGCUUCACAAGCUCUCUCACCACAUCCAGCUCAACUGUCACAUCAGACCCGCAGUCUUCUGCGACGGAGAGCCCACAAGACCCACAGCAUGUUCUGAGCACUGGAGCGGUGAUUGCACUUGUACUUUCAAUGUUGGUGAUUGCAACUACGGGUUUCUUGUUGUUGCGGCGAUUGAGGAGGCGAUUCAGAAGCGACUUUGUUCGUCAAACAUCGCCUCAGGAACUGUCGAUAAUUCCAAUGCCUGCAGCAGCAGGGGAGCCGGAGGUAGAAGAACAUCAGCCUCCUACACCCAGAACGGCAUGGACUUAG